CGGAAGCUUUGCACUGAAGACCCUUCUCCAAAGCUGAUUCUGAGGCAUGCCUAGUCGAAGAGACACGAUGAUGCCGAGGCUCGGCAAGCUGCUGAGGAUGGGCAGGGAGAACAAGAAUUCGCACGAGAAGUCGCUGCCUCUGGAGGCCAACCCCGAUGUGAUGAGCGGCGGGAAUCGUGGGGCCACAGAUCGAUGCCUUUCGCCGUCGCCGCCGCCAAGACGGGAGCCCACAGAGACGCUAGGCCUGCAUCCAAGGAGAAGCAGCAAACGACACCCCAGUCUACAGCCCAUCACUGAAGGGCGACCGCUUGCCAUGGACGAGAGACUGAACGCGUCUUCGAGGGGGGAGGGUGGGGAGAGGGAGGGACAAGGGGCAGGGGUGAGGCGCAGUCAUGCGCCGCGGGAGCCCGCUCCCGUACGGCAGCUGCUCAAGGCCGGAUUUGACAAUGAGGAGGCGUUGGAAUCGAGGGCCAACGUCCACAGUCCGCAGAGGUAGGAACAACAUCGAAGAAAGAGAUCUUGCCAUGUUUUGCAGGUCUGGUUUCAAUCCUUUUGCAGGUCGUGCCUUGUCGGGUGUGGGACUCUGUCCCUGCCGUCAAACGGCAACGACAAUCACCAGAAGUACGGUCCCGAGGCGACGAAACGACUCGCGUCUCGCACUGAUGCCUGAUCCUGGUUUGUUCCCUUGCAGACCGUUGAGUGAUUGGAUAAGAGAAACGCGGGGGGAGAUCCUAAGGAUAGGUGUCCGCCCGAGCCAAAAUCCAGGAUUCAAGCGGCUCGCUCAGAAGAAUCGCGCCGCUCGAGAGCAGCAAUCGUUGUCCCCUGCAGCUGCCCCCGCAGAGCAGCAGUCAUCCUCUCCUGCUGCUGCUCCUGUGAGUUCCCUCGGCUCAUCUGCGUCGGACAAGUGAGACACAAAGCCGAACAAAAGAGACAGACAGCACAGACGACGCCUGUCCUUGUAGGUUGAUUGCCAAGCCUUCGGGAUCGCUAAUUAGUAUGGUCACCGCUGCCAUCAGCGGCUCUCUGCAUUGCUUGACUUGCCCCUUCGGCUGUUGCGAGCGGCCGGUUGUCGCUGAGGGCACAGAAUUCGAAGGCGAGACAGACCACUGACCCUCAACGUACCAAACGCAUCCCGUCUGGAGACUGUUGGUGAGUGACGCGAUCAUUGCCCCCUUUUCGCGUCUCAAGAGCGACUCUCUCCAUUAAUGCGAAUGGCUGACAUGAUCGGUGUGUACCUGACUGACUUCGAUGUAUGCAUGUGCAAGCGAG